GUGAAGUGAAAAUGGGAAGAGAUCGGAAAAGAUUUCCGUCAACGGUGAGCCGGCAGAUGCCUGCUACCGACGUCACAGGUGCUGAACUCACUGCAAGGAAACGAGAACGGAACGAAGCGCAUUCCUUCUUCGUUUCCUUCUCUCCGGCACGAAUCAAAUGGAAAUGAUUGUCUAAUCAUGUUGUCAAAAACGUCACUGAUCCCAAAUCUUUACCAGAGUGUCGUUUUAUGGGUUCAGUUGCAAUUCUGAACACAUUGAGAAAGACAUGGCAAAGAAAUACCAAGAGAUGGCACAUCUUGAAUCCUUUAUUAGAUCUAUACAAGCAUUCUGGAUUAUUCAUGCUUUCAAUAUGGAUAUGUUGGCAGAGAGAAAUAACCCACAGAUACUUUUACUUUUUAUAUGCAAUUUUUUAAAUUCUAUUUCUUUGUAAUGAAUUUCUGAUUAAGAGGGUAACAGUGCAAGAUAAUCUAGUUAGAAAGAGGAUAGAUUUUUGGAUCAAAGCAGUUGGCUUUUGAGGUUAUUUUAUUUUGAGACAACCUAACACUUCUUUUUUGCUCUUGAUUUGGGCUGUAGCAGUCGACCUUCUUCUUUUCGUGCCCAAGAUUUUGAUUUAGUGCCCAUUCUCCCUUUAUUUUUCCAUCCAGGUCUUGUUUGAUGAAAUUGUAGUUAAAUUGGCUAUCUAUAUUUAUAUUCCGCAUGAUGUUGUCAAUUAUAUAGUUCAUUGGCUAUCUAUAUUUAUAUUCCGCAUGAUGUUGUCAAUUAUAUAGGAUGCAGGAUAAACCAUUUCCAGAAAAUCUUUUAUCUCUAUUGGAGACCCAACUGCCAAGGUUUCCUGAUUUUCCAGGAACAUAUCAGCAGGUUGAAAGUGGAAUCUGCUAUGGUCAGUGUCUUCCAAUAGAUGAUGAACAUAGAGCUAAAAGGGGAAGUGGUACUGAGUACAUGUGUAAGAAUACAAAUUGCAGUAGGGCAGGGCAUUACAUAGCAUGUGCCUUGUGGGCUGGUUGCAUUCUAUUAUGACAACAAGGCAGUUUGCUGAGUUUUAAGCACCUUUGAAUCUUUUUGUUUCUGCUUUUUCUGCAGGAUUACUGCUGCUUUGUCAUAUGUUCUAAUGAGUUAUCAAAUGGGAUUUUCUUAUGGCAUUUCCUGCUUUUCUGUCUUUGGCUUCAUUCAUCCACUCAAGUGAUCAAUCUUGAGAUUGAGUUGGGUUACUGUGUCCUGGUUUUUUGUACUUGAUAGUGCCCUCCCAUUUGUCUGAUCUAUUUGCCACCAUGUGCCACUCGAUAGGACCCAUGAUACAACUCACUCUUUAAUUUGAACUGGUAGCACAUGGCUACUUCUGAUCAGGAGAUUAAUGGAGCAUUGUGGAAGUUGAAAGGGAAAUACAGAUGGGAGUUAUGUGGAUGCCUUUAGGAUUUUACAUGUGCUCGGUGUGUACACCUAGCACUAAAUGGAAAACGAGUUGAUCAUCCAAAAGACUGUCCAACAAAUUAAUGACACAGUAUAGGGUUUAUCAUUGUUAUUAAGAUGCUACAGAUUUUCUCCUGAAUGGUGGUGGCCACCAUCUCUAGUAAAACCCCAAUUUUUCUGUGGGCUUUUCAACUAUGGUCCAGUGGAAAAAUUAGUGGAAAAUGCAAGCAGCAGUGAAUUGUUUUAGUUGACAGUUACCUACCCUUGUUAUCUUGGACUGUCUCCAUUGUUUCUUUAUCUGUUUGGUUUAUUUAUGGUUAUAAAUGAUUGUUUUGCAGGUUCAAUAUCCCAUUUGGCAAUUGUCCCUACUGUUUAGAGCCGGCUGCAGUUAAACUCAACAACACAAAGUGGAGGUCUUAAUUACAUCCUCAUCAAAGAUCUCAAAUUGUUCACCUCUGCUGGCAGGAGAGGGCUCAGACUAAUUAUCAAUUGGGGACCAUUGCUUUUAAAGGCUAUCAGAAACUUGAAAUGGAACUUUAUCCUUCUCUCCUAAUUCUAAAUAUUGUUAGGUUACCAUCUAUGAUGGAUGAGAAACUUUUCUUUUCUUCAUUGAGUGCAUGAUUAAAGUUCAGGCUACUGGCGUAAGCAAUCAAACCCAGCAAUAUGCAGAGAGUAGAUCCUGGCUUCUUUUGCAUGCAUAACAUAAAACCGCUGGCUCUGAGCUUCUUUGACAAAGUGUUGUGGAGCCAUCACCAACGGAUGACUUGGGGGACCAUGCUUGUGAUGCCAAAGCCAAAUGAAGGAGCACUCAUUUUCUUUCCUCAUCAAAUACUUGCUAACCGUAACAUUAUUA